GAUUUUCUUUAUCAAAAUGUUAUUGUUUCUCUCAGCAACAGCUGCACUGCUUCUGCAAGUCGAACUUGCCCCUAUAACGCUGAGUUGUUCGAUCUGCGUUUGCACGGGGGAUAUAAUUAACUGUCGUGGCAUCGGUCUAACAACAAUGCCACACAUUCCAAGUAGUUUUGGGUCCUUCCAUCGGUUAGAUCUCAGCAACAAUUCUAUAGGAACACUCCACAGCCAUGUUUUUCGUGGCCUAAAUCAGCUGCGUGAUCUGGAUGUAAGCGAUAAUCAACUGACGAACAUUGACCGUCAUGCUUUUGCUGAUAUUUCCAAUAUUACUCGACUUAGUAUUGCUAGUAACCAACUAACAUCUCUUCCAGACGCUUUGAAUGAUCUCAGUGCCCUGGAGGCUUUAGACGUUACCGAUAACCCUAUACCUCCCGAUUCCCACGAUGGAUUUAAAAAUGAUAUCAUGCGACAUCUUGGUAGUAAGCUCAAAGAAUUUCAUUUCGGACAUGCCAUUAUAACAACAUGGCCUCAGUCUACCAAUCAUCUUCAAGCACUUGAAAUCUUGGAUUUAAACGGGGGCAACAUUGGCUACAUCCCGCCUUUUUUCACGGACGGUUUCCAAAGUCGUCUUCGUAGUCUUACCAUUCGGAACACAAAUUUACCAACCACUCCAGUACUUACAGGGUUGCGAAGUCUCAAAGAGCUUCACCUUGAUAAUAAUCAAUUUCAUGACUACGGAGUACUGGAAAAUUCCUUCAGAGGUCUUGACGCCUUAGAGACAUUGAGUUUAAACAGCGACAAACUUACCAAAUUUCCUCAGAUUCUCCACCACCUUCCAAAUCUUGUAAGCGUUUCCUUGGACGGAAAUAGUUUCUAUUACAUCAGCGACAAUGCCAUUACUCUGAUCCACGGAACAAACAUUACAGAGUUAAGUCUCCGAGACUGCAAUUUAGACCGCGUUCCUGGCGCCCUCACCGGAAACACUCUUUACCAGCUCACAAAAAUAGAUUUAUCUAAUAACAACAUUAACAGCAUUGAACGGUAUGACUUAGAUGGCCUUCAUAACAUCCGGAACCUAUCAAUAUCCAACAAUCCUUUGCAAUACGUCUCGUCCCAUGCGCUGAAUUUGACUUCUCUCCAAUUCCUUGACUUGAGCAAUACCAAGUUGACAACCGUCCCUAGGGCAAUAGAGAACAUUCCGAAUCUGAGAGCCCUUGACCUCGGCGACAAUGAAAUCGACUGUACUUGUGAUCUCAUCUGGUUCCAAAAACUGGUCAACCCUCAACACGCAACACUGGAUCUAAAUGGAAGUUGUGAGACAAUAGAUCGUACUGUUCUACAGUAUCUUGCUCAAUUCAUUCCUAAGUGCCCGGAUUAUUACAGAUCGCUUUCAAAUCCAACAAAAUAAAACUAAGACUUUAGAAUAUUUUGAUUUUCUCUGUCAGCAAUCUCUUACAAUAAUUUAUGACAACGUUGAUAAGUUGACUCAUUUUCAAAAACCUUUAUGUACCAAAUUGCUUAAAAGAGAAAUGUUUUGUAUACUUUUACACAAUUACUUUCACAUGUAAUCAAAAGAAAUCGAAAUAUCUUUAUCAA